AUGGCGUCUCCCACAGCGGGCGGUUUGUGUGGCGAGGCCGCUCGCGGAGAGGGAGUGGCCGAGCAGUCGAUCGGCGGAACAGCCAUCCGUUUCCAAGAGCCAUUGGAUCGCUCUCCUCCAAGUUCCGAUUUCUCAGAAAGUAGCGGCACGACGAACAGCGACGACGGUGCGCUGGAGUGUGAUGUUGGCCCCUGUGAAGCGAGAGAUUUUCAAACCCCUGGGCAGCUUGCCCUAGAGCCUCCAAAGCAGCAGACCGUACCCAGCCUUGUUGCAGAAACAUUACGACGCACAGCACCGUAUGGCUUAGUUCAGAGCCCUAAAUGGUCUUUACCCUCCCCUACGGAGGAGGAACCCAAAGGAGAGUACCGACGGCGGCGCCGCCCAACGCCGAUCCUGCAUUCGCUAUUAAGUGAUCGUGAGCACAGAGCCAACGAAUCUGCAACCAGGAAGACGAGACGCAGCCGUGCGAAGUCUCUUGCAGCACUUCAGCACAUACCUACGUCAGAAUCAACGGUCCCCAAGCACGUGAGCUUCCUGUACGACACGUACAUGAACAACUCGCCUUCAGCAGCCGAUCGCGGUACGAAAAAGAGUACCAACUCCGCUGGAGCGGUGGAGAAGCUUAUGCCAAUGCACACCGAAAAUGAAAGUUCUGCAACACAGAACCAGGAUUUGGAUGAAAAUGGCUACGCUGACUUGACAAAAGUGAGAACAGAGCGAGACGCUGUGGCGUUCUUCGCGCGACACGGGAGCACAACCAAAACUAAGUUUCUCUUCUGUAAUAGGGCGCCCACAGACCCACUGGAGUUCGAGCCCUACAAGCUUGUGGUUGUGCCACAAACUCAAGUUAACCCCGAGCAUUUUACUAUAUCGGAAACGGCAGUCAUGCACAUUUGCCCGGGAAAACCGUCUGAGUGUUUUCGCCAAGAUGAGUGGAUGCGGCAAGCGUUCAUUCACUCUCUCCUGCGGACCCUUUCGUUUUUCAAGACCUUUGUUGCCCGCAAAGUCUUGUGUCUGUGGAGCCAUGAAUCGAGAAAGCACGUAUUCGAGGAGCGGAGGGUAAUGCUGUGCAGAACGCUCUUUAUAGCAAAACCCAUUUAUGCCGAACACCUUAUGCAAAUCCACAAAGUCCUUGCCGGCGUCAGCGAGGUCAAAUUGGUUGAGCUGCAGCCUGGACUAUACGAUAUUUCCCAAUUUACUGCGCAGCAGCACACUUUGCGCUCGGACCCGAAGAUUGGAGCAAGCAAGGCGUUGGAGGUCAAACAGGGGGAAGCACGAGCUUUGCUUGUUGAGCUAAUGCAAAAGCUUCAAGAGGCAACGCAGCUGCCGGAAGUUGACCCGAUGCACGCCUGCUCCUCAAGUAAGGGCAAAUCCAUCUUUCAGGCAAAGCGAGAGGCAGUAGAACAACAGCGACUUAUCCGGCAGGCGUACAAGAACCAGGCGCUUUUCGGGCAGUUCGUUCUUCUAGUAGAUCUCAUUUUCACCAUGAGGCUAGCCAAGGCCGUCACCAAGGCCGCAGCCAAAAUGUUGGAGCGUCUUGGCACGGAGGAAACUUGUGCGAAACUGUUUUCUGUCAAUGUUUGCUUUGGGAGUACUAAAGUAGAACUUGAUCCGGGUCGUCCAGCUUUUGUCUCCAUGCACCGCGAGUGGCAAAUAUAUGAGUAUGGAGAGAACUGGGAUGAAGCUGCAUUCGCUGACUCAGUCAUUGGGCAUGAUGAAUUGUCUACUGAGAUGGAGCUUAUUUCAGAGUUUGAAGAGAAGCUUGACAAACUUAAUCCAGUGCACGUUGUUGGGCUGUUCUCAAUAGAGGCACGCAGCCUCAAAUCAUCGCUGCAGCCUAUUACAGAGAAGGCGCUUACUUUCAUGAAACGGCUUCUGUGGAAACUCAUGAAAGAGCACGUACGAAGUACUGCGAGUCGAUUCGAAUCCAUAAACAAACGACUAGAUGAACGGCCUACGAAGCUGAUCCCUUUUGCUUCUUUCGUGAGUAGCUGCAAUGAGAUCAAGGCACAAAUUGAAGACCUUGACCGGGAUAAGGCAGCUGCUGAAGAAAUGUUUUCUUUGUUGAAGCAAUACGGUGUUCGGUUGGCUGUUGAAGACACAAUUCAACUUGAAAAUAUGCUGAAGAGUGCAAAUGACUUCGAGACAUUCAAGCUUCUGGAUGCAGCGGAGCAUAUAAGGAAUAAUCUGCAAACCAUGAAGGUUGAGCUGAGGGCAAAGGCAGAAGAGGUUGAGAAGGAGAUGCAGGGGCUUAACAAACUCGUCAAAGAUGAGGAGUUCUCCAGGAUAGAAGCCCUGGAUAAUGCGACGAAAUCGUACGAGCAGUUGAAAACAUACGAACAGCGCAUCAACUUCGCCUAUGGCAAGGCCGAGACCCUGAGAGGUAUGGCGGAGCUCCUUGUUCCAGAGGCUCCUGCUGUUAUUUCCAAGGAAACAGAAGCGACGCUCCGACUUAUCAAGCCCAAAGUGGAAAUGUGGCACCAGAUUUGCUCGUGGCAGACCGAUACAGCUAAGUGGCUUGCCGCACCUUUGGCUUCGCUGGAUGCUGAGGAAAUUGAAGUUGGGAUAAAGAAGUACAUGAAGGAAGCCUGCAUAGCUCUGCAGAACUUUCCAGGAGACCCCGUUGCAACGGAAUUUAAAAAGGAAGUUGAAAGCUGGCUGCUGCGUCUGCCGCUUAUCUUGGAUUUGGGGAAUCCCGCACUUAAGAGGCGGCACUGGGAAACUAUUUUUGAGGAACUUGAGAUCCCCGGCACGGAAGAGUCUACGUGCUUGAGACAACUGGAGGAAAUGGACAUCUUUUCUAAACGCGACUUCAUUAACGAAGUUUCUACUCUUGCCUCAGUGCAACAAUCUCUCAGCCAAACGAUGGACAAGAUUACGGAUGUCUGGGAAACACGAGAGCUAUUAGUGAAACCCUUUGACGAAGAUCCGAACGCCUUUAUCCUAGGUGAUAUAAGCGAAUUGCUCUCUAUUGUAGAAGAUCAUCAAAUAUCUGUGCAACGCAUGUUGCACAACCCGUAUGUAGGGGUUCUUAAGGAGAAGGUGGAAUUGUGGGCUGGAAAGCUCGAUGUUGCUCAACAGGUCUUGGAGGAACUGGCACAGCUUCAGCGUCAAUGGAUCGGGCUACAGAGCAUUUUUGGCAGUGUGGAGGCCUUGGAACAGCUGCCUGAUGAUGCAGAGGCAUUUGAACAGGUCGACGGAUUUUGGAGAGCAUAUCUGAGGAGAAUCAGAGGCGAACAGUCUAAUGCUAUAACAGUUGUGGAAGAGGAAGGCCUCUACGAACUUCUAGCUGAUAAAAAUGGAAUAUUGGCUGCGGUGCAGCGCAAGCUGGAGGACUACCUUGACCUGAAACGGACGGCCUUUCCCAGGUUUUAUUUUCUAUCUAGAGAGGAGCUGAUUAAGAUCGUAUCUAAGGCUAAACAGCCCAACGCUCUGCAGCACAGCUUUCAAAAGUGCUUUGAUGGAAUCCGUGCUGUUGCUGUGACAUCAAAUGGAACCACGAUAGAAGGCCUCUACUCUGCAGACGGGAAUAAACUUGAACUGGACUCGCCCGUCAGUGCCCUUACUCCAGUCGAACAAUGGUUUACCGCACUCGAAGUUACUAUGAUAGCAUCUUUGAAGCGUCGCCUAAAGGCCGCACUACAAAGUCGUGCUGGUGGGGAGCAGGAAGUGCAACAGUGGUUGUAUGAGCACCCUGCCCAGUGCAUUUUAACGGCAGCAAUGAUUCACUGGUGCUCCAAUACAGAACAUGCUCUUCAACUCAUGGAAUCGGAAGGAUACUACGCAGCUUUGGAAGCUCGUCUGCAAGAAACGAGCAAUGAUAUUCAGCAGCUUGCGCUCCUCAGUGCGCAGACAGAGGACCCAUCAACUCAAACUUUAGCCCAGUCUCUUCUUGUUUUGAUGGUCCAUGCACGUGACAUCCUUAAUACUCUGCUUCAAUCAAAAUCCAUGGGACCUUCAUGCUUCGAAUGGACAAAGCAGCUACGUUACUAUUGGCAUUCUGGGGAAGAAGACUGUGACAUAGAACAGCUCCAAGCAAAGUUCCGAUAUAGGCACGAGUAUCUUGGCUGCGCCUCGAGACUAGUAAUCACUCCGCUGACAGACAAGUGCUUCAUAACGCUUACCUCUGCAUUACAUCUUGGAUACGGAGGAGCACCGGCGGGGCCGGCAGGAACAGGCAAAACAGAAACAGUGAAGGACUUGGCAAAAGCUCUUGGUGUGCCGUGCCUUGUAUUUAACUGCUCGAAGGAAUUGGACCACCAUGUAAUGUCCCGACUGUUCAGAGGCCUUGCUCAAACUGGGGCGUGGGCCUGUUUUGACGAAUUCAAUAGGAUUGAUAUAGAGGUUUUAUCAGUCGUUGCGCAACUUCUUCUGAAGAUCCAGACGGCCAUACGAGCUGAGAAGGACGUAAUUGAAUUCGAUGGAGGGAGCACUCAUAUUGAUAGCAGGCAAGCACAAGGAAGAGUUUCUACCUUACUGUUUCUUGCCUCAUCCACAGACCUGGUAUCGAUGGGAGUGCAUGCACUGGUACUUUGCUUAUUGUGUGCAAUUCAGGGGGAGGUGAAGAAGAGGCUACCUGGGCUGGACGAAACAGGGGCUAUGAUGCACGCGCUCCGAUCUAUAGUGCCAAGACUUGUCAUGGACGAUGUGCCUGCAUAUUUGGGUCUUGUUGCUGAGAUGUUCCCUGAGCAGAAAGUACCAGAGGCAUCUGAUGAUCCCUUGAAACUCGCAUUUGAAGGAAUCCUUCAAGAAGAGCACCUCCAGCCUCUACCUAGGUUUGUGGAAAAAGCAAUGCAACUGUACCAGACCCAACAACUCAGGCACGGCGUGCUAGUGGUGGGGGCUCCGGGAGCUGGGAAAUCAACGCUGAUCCUCGGAUUGUCAAAAGCGCUAUCCCAAGUUAACGCAAAACAUGAGACUCAGAUGUCUGCUGAGAAUGCACACCAUGAGUCUACAAAGAUAGGCAUUAAAUGCGAGGUGUUAAGGGUAAAUCCUAAGGCAAUGGAGGAGACGCUGCUCUUCGGAAGGCUGGACCCCAACACCACCGAGUGGCUAGACGGAAUCGUAGCAUCACGGGUUAGGGACGCCCUUGCCUCACAAAGCAGUGCCCACAGUUGGCUUGUUCUUGACGGACCUUUAGAUCCUAACUGGGCAGAGAACUUGAACUCUGCUCUGGAUGACAACAAGCUCCUAUGCCUCAGCAAUGGCGAGCGCAUUCUCUUGCCGAGCAACCUCAAAAUUUUCUUCGAAGUUGCCGUGGGUAUUGAAUCAUGCCACACGACAGGAACCAAGAUUCAUUGGUUACUGCUGCACCUCUAUUUGCCCAUUGGCAUUUAUGUGGAAAUGAGAAAACGUUAA